UGUGUAGGCUUAAAGUGUUGGUUAAUUUCGCACCCCCUAAAUUUUAUGAAGUCAAUUCUAACCCUUACAAUUAUCCUAUCCCGAUGUUUGAAUAGGCAAAAUGUUGGAAAAUUGAAAUCCCCGAGGAGAAAGAAGAGCUAAAAGGAAGAUGAAGCUGUUUGACGCACACUGUCACCUUCAAGACCCAAGAAUAUUUCACAAGGCACCUCAGCUUAUUGAAAGCACCGUCGAUUCUGGUGUUCGUCAUUUUGCUGUUAAUGGGGUCUCCGAAAAGGAUUGGCACUUGGUCAAACAAAUGAGUGAACAUUAUUCUUCUGUUGUUCCUUGCUUUGGACUUCAUCCUUGGUUUAUUCAUGAGAGGACUCCUCAUUGGCUCCACACUCUCAAGGAAUUCUUUCAGGCCGCUCCCUCAGCUGCCAUUGGGGAGAUUGGUUUGGAUAAAGGUUCUCGGGGAAGGGAGAUUGACUUCGCGGAUCAGGUUGAAGUAUUUAGCCAACAGCUUAAACUUGCAAAAGAAUUGAACAGGCCGGCAUCCAUCCAUUGUGUUCGUGCUUUUGGCGAUCUGCUUGAGAUAUUGAAAUCUAUUGGGCCUUUCCCUGCUGGUGUCAUUCUUCACUCCUACUUAGGUUCUGCUGAGAUGGUUCCAGAGUUGUCAAAGCUUGGUGCAUACUUUUCAUUCUCUGGAUUUCUUAUGUCCAUGAAAACACAGAAGGCAAAGAAAUUGCUGAAGAUGGUAUCUUCAGAAAGGAUUUUGUUGGAGACAGACGCACCUGAUGCCUUGCCAAAGUCAGGUUUAGAUUCUCUUUUUUUAGUUGAUGGAGACCCUUCCCUCCGUCAAGAGUUUCAUGCCCAGGAAGAAAACUCAACCUCAAAUGUUGGCACACCGUCUGAUGACCAGUCCCAUGCUUCAAAAGAUUCGUCAGCGCUGCCAAAGGAAAUGCUUAAUCAUCCAGCAAACAUUCAUAAUGUACUCAUUUAUGUUGCAUCUUUGCUGGAAAUGCCUAAAGAAGAACUUGCAGAUCUAAGUUAUAGAAAUGCUGUUCGCAUAUUCUCUUAUGAAGGCUCGAAAGUACAAAUGGAAAAGUAAUUGAGUUUGCUAAGUAAGAAACUACUUGUGUAUGCAUAUUCUCUUGUGAAAAAGUUCCAAGUACAAAUGGGAAAGUAAUUGAGUUUGCUAAGUAAGGAACUACUUGUGCAUGCAUCUUCCCUUGUGAAAAUGUUCAAAAGUAAAAAUGAGAAAGUAAUUGAGUUUGCUUACAAAGAAA